UGGUAUUUUGGUGUCUGGAGAAUUCGCGAGAUGCCGGAAAACUGUUGCGGAUGUCUUCCACGUAAGAGAAAGAAAAAGAGUGCGAACGAAUUGUAUGAACCUUUACUGCUCGAGAGUGAACGAGACGCGAUCAAUGAUUUACUGAGAUUCUUACAGACAGAUGAUGGCGGAAGUGUGCUGAGUGAUGAGAGAGUGAGGGCUCUGAGGACUCUGGCAUGUUCGGAUAAUGUAGAUCUGAAGAGGUCGGCUGCACUUUGUUAUUCAGAGAUUAGUGAGAAAAUGACAAGUACCGUGACAAAUGACAUGCUUGAGCCUCUUAUUGCUCUUGUACAGUAUCCAGACCCCGAGGUUCAGACUGCAUCAUCAUUAGCUCUUAGUAAUUUUGCUUUGUUUGGACCAGUUGAGAAUAAGAAUGCCAUUGUGCGAGCCGGUGCUCUGCAAGCGCUGACUGCAUGUUUGUCUUCUGAUAAUGUUGAUGUGCAGUGUAAUGCUUGUGGUUGCAUGACGACACUCGCCACUUCAGAACACAACAAAUAUGAGAUUGUAAAUCAAGGUGCCGUUCCUUCUCUCCUAAAGCUCGCUUGUUCUCGUGACUCACGAGUGCAACGAAAUGCAACCGGUGCCCUCCUUAACCUCACUCAUCUUGAAUCUAAUCGGUUUGAGUUGGCUCGUUGCGGAGCUAUUCCUAUCUUUGUGUCAUUGAUUCAGUCACGGGAUCCCGAUAUUCAGUUCUAUUGUGCUGCGGCGUUGAGUAACAUGGCAGUCCAAGAGCAACAUCGUUCUCUGAUGAGUCAAAUCAGUGGAGGUGAAGUUUUACGACAUCUCAUUGCUCUUCUAUCUUCUCCAGUUGAAAAGGUAAAAUGCCAGGCUUGUCUCGCGCUUAGGAAUUUAGCUUCUGAUGCAAAUAAUCAAGUGAAGAUUGUCGAUUUUGGUGGUCUACGCAGCCUCUAUCCUCUAUUAGGAACAUCGGAUGUUGAAUGUUGUACAGCAGCGAUUGCAGCUCUUAGGAACUUAUCGAUUUGCAAAGGAAAUGAGAUUGCCAUAAUUCGAGAGAAAUUUCUACCCGUCAUUAACAAACUCCUGGUAUCCGGCUCUCACCCGGACAUUCAAUGCCAUGCAGCAGGAACGCUUCGUAAUCUUUCCACCGAAGACCACAAGGACGAAAUCUUAAAGGCCGGGAGCGUCACAGCACUAGUUGACGUGCUGCUUGACUCUCACACUUCUGUUGGUGUGUGUGCGGAGGCGAGUGCUGCAUUGGCUGUACUCGCUGCAAACGAGAGGUGUCAGGAGCAUAUGGCGGAGUUGAGAGAUGGGCAGUUUGUUCAGGCCGUGCUGGAGAUGUGCGUGUCUGCAGAGGGCAAUGAGGUGCGAUACAACUGUGUGGGGAUAGUGGGACAUCUGGCAUUGAACGCUGAACUUCAUCCGUUGCUGUUGAAUAGCAAGGCGUCAAUACUGGAAGUCAUACGGACGUGUGUACAGACCGGUGAUGCAAGCAGCAUUCAUAUAGGAGUAUGGGCACUGUCACAUCUCUCAGAAGGAGGUGACGAAACGCGGCGCAUAAUUGGUGAGAGUAGGUUGAUGGACUUAUUGGAGAGAAUGGGAGGAGAUGACAUGGCAACCGAGCUCAAACAGCUCAUCGACACGACACUAAAGAACCUCCAACCAAAGGUUGACAACACGUGACAGUCUUGACGUCAACUUUCCAUUGUUAUGACAGCAUAUAAACCACGCCCACAUUUCUUGUUAAUACAUAAUUAAAUAUAUGUAGUUGUUAGCGCAUCGACCUGCAGAUAGAAUGCAACGCAAGCA